UUCAAGGGAGACGACGAGACUUUUGCGCACUUUCUCCCGGCAACAUAUACACAUUUGUUACUUUUCAUAUGCCAUCGUACAAUACAAAAACUUCACAUGUGGACAGAAAACCUCACUACGCCACAAUAUCCCUGCGUCCUAAAUACAGAGCCUCCCCUCACAUCAUAUCAGAACACAUAUACGCACAUCGCAUCCCAUCACAUACAUCCUAAAAGCUUCUUCCACCCCACAUCCCGAGAAUGACGUACAGUACAUCCCCCAAUCAGUUCCCUUGGACGAUGCACAACCGCAACGUAUGCCUCCCACCCACGGGCAUCACCUGCACCGCCGCCGCGGCAUCACUGGUCCCAUUAACCAAGAACGCAAAAAGAUCGACGCCCUUGGCGCCAAAGAAAUGGCCGCUGGUGCCGACGACGCUUGCGGGCUGGUCUUCUGUUGUUGCGGUGGCGGUGGUUGUGUUGGUGAGGGAGAUGAUGGGUGUGCGCGAGGGGUUGAAGGGGCCGAGGAUUUGGAAGGUGCCGAAGUUGGGGAUGGUGUAGUCCGUGGUGCAGUAGAAGGAGUCGAGCGUGGAGGUUAGGGGUUGGCAGGUGCUGUUGAUGUAGGGGGAUGAGAGACGUGGUGGAUGUGGGUUAGAUCAGAGGUCUCGGAUUUGGUUUGUAAGGUUGUGAUACCCGAAACAAUGAUGCAAGCUACAUACCCGCGACUGAACCCAAACGUAUU